GACUAACCCAAGUGUCUUGUCGUUUGCCCUUGCUCGGCUUGCCGUGGCGACCUGUGACUUUGUUGAUGUCCGUCUGCGCCAUCCUACGCCAACGACGACAACUUGAUCGCAUCGGUUACUGCUCAUUGUCGCAUUACAUUCGCUCUGAUAACAACCAUGAGAAACUGCUAUUAGUUCCACCGCCAUCACUGCCACCGAUUGGUUACCUCCAGAAGCCUAAUCACCAGACUUUUAAAAGCCUCUUGUUCAUUUUAAUGUUCACUCCUCGACCACCCUAGACUUCUCUGGUCUGAUGCCACCCUAUGGUCCCUCUGCAUCCUCCUAGAUUGCUACCUGCAGACAUCCACCCUCCAAUAUGACGACCCUCCCUGAAUCUUCGAGCUACGCCAACGGUGACCGUCGCAAAAGAUCUGUGGUCACUUACGGGAGACCUGCUCGCAAUCCUACCUUCUCGGCCAACAGUGUCAAGAAUUUCUACGAUGAAUCGAGGAAUGCUGUUUCGCCGUCCAAGCUAAAGCGGCCUACUGCCACGGCCACCAGAAAGAUCAAGGACACAGACGACGAGUUCGACAUCCCAAUGUCUGACGAAGAGGCUAUGCCCGUACCUCCAAAGACAAAAAAUCCUCACAAGACUCCAAUCAAGGCUAGUCAGGUUGUUGUUGCUGCUAAGCUCAAAGAGGACGAUGACCUAAAGUCGGCCUCACCGUGCAAGCGCAAAAGAACAACAUCGCAACUCCAAACAUCUUCAAAGAAAUCUCCAGUCGCGAGAGCCGGCACGAAAGAGCUGCCAAGCGCAGUGGUCAAGAGCAUUGCUGUUGAUGCGUCUCAUUCACGUCGGUCUAGAAGACAGAUUGCUGCUGGAGCCUCUGUGACCUCUGUGCCCUCGUCACUGCAUACAGGCCUCGACGUUGAGCAAAGAGCACCGUCCGUCAAGUUUACCAAGAAGUCUGCUUGCCCGCUGUCUCCAGUAGUGGCGUCACCUACUAGCCCUGCGGAUUCAGUAUCGAGCAUCUCUACAACACCAAAACAAACGAAACUCUGGCACGAGCUGUUGACCUCGGACCCUCCUGACGUGGACGCUCAUCAGCCAAACAUCGAUUCUGCGCAGCUUUCACAUAAUCAUGUUUCGGUUCAAACAACCGUGUCCAAUUCGCAUCCCCACGUCGCUCCAAAUAUCCACAGAGCUCGAAUCGUCGAUCAUCUAAAAAAGAAUGCAAGCAGUGAUGAGAGCUCUGACGACGAGUCACAUGAGCAAGUAGCAGGACUGAUAUCUAAAGAUAUGGAAGAUUACAACCAAUCCGCGCAAUCUGUACUUCAAGAACCAACACAGCAUUCUCAAUCGCAGGGCCGACAACAAACACAGCCAUCAUCAAUCAGCCAAGGAACCAAGAAGGUAACCUAUGCGCGGUCGCGAACAUAUCUACAGGACAGUCUCGAAGACAUGAUAUUCGGUGAUCUACCCAUCGAUGCUACUGAGCGUCCUGCGGUAAGUGCUCGGCGACUCAAAGCUCCGCCUACGGCCAAAUCGAAGUCCCUGAUCGACCACAACCUUGAAUCAGAUGAGGACAACUCGCAAGGAAUUCGAAGCAUACAUGAUCUCCGAGCAGCUGGAAACAAAAGCAGGUUCUUAGACGAUGUCACACGUCUGAUUGACGAAAUCAAGGGUCCAAGUCCUUCAUCAAGAUCCCAAAGACGUAUGGCACUCAUGGAUCUUUCUAGUACGCUCACCGACAGCAGCUUUGUCUCUCGUUUCAUUGAGCAUGGAUUUGAUACAAGCAUAAUUGCUCAGUUUCAAUAUGCUGGCCUAGACAUCCUAGCUGAUAUGUUGCUAUGCGUCGUCUUGACGAGAAUAGCACAAGCGUCUGCUUCACUUCUUCGAGGAGGUGUGCUAGAAUUCCUUACACCAUACCUCGAUGAUACCAGGGACAUCGCUCAGCUUGCGCGAGAGAGGAAGAGCAAUAUGUCCAAGGUUGGGCAGUCCGAUUACCUUGAGUUUAUGGAAAAAGUCAGGACUGGUGACGUCUGGGAAAGCUGUUCACCGGAGUACUUGUCUCCCUGUUCGGUCGCUCUGAUGAGCAUUGAUGUUAUCGUCGUUACUCACAGACGUAACAAGCAUACUGGCGCCAUUCUCUCUCCUACUACUGCAUCCAAGCUUGUCAAUCUGGCAACCGGCCACGGGUCAGAGCCCGAAUUGGACUUACAAGCCGUUACUAAUCGGGCGUUGUCCGCUCUUGAGGCUGCCACUACUCUUGACAUUGAGAGUGCGUCGUCGGAUGUUUGGUCAGUCGAAACACUCUCACGAGUCGCUUCCGCCCUGCCCAAGCUUCUCGGCGGAUCAAAGCAUUCGAAAGGACUUGCGCUACGUUUCUGCUGCUCCGUGACCAACAAUAACGAAGACAACAGCAGCGUGUUCUGUGAACUUCAUACUAUAGACCUGGUUGUGUCAUUGAUCAUUGAAUACUUCAAUUCGCGCCAGAAUCAAGGCACAGAGGCGGCCGGGUCUAAUCAUGAUCUGUUAGUCCUCGCGCUUGGGCUGAUGAUCAACUUGACCAGCGUAAGCCAAACCGCUCGCGAACGCACUGCUAACACGAAGGAUGGGGGACUGGCUACACUUGUAAGCAUCUUCGUCAGAGGCCAAGAGCAUGCAGCAGAGAGUCAAUCCGAAGAAGAGAUGCAGGCCAGCAUUCCAUAUGGCUGGCUGUCAGUCCUCCUUGGCUACGUUUGCUUGGACAGGACUGCAAGGACCAAGAUUUGUGAUGAGUUGCCUGGCAAGAAUGGAGAGGUUCUGGUGGAUGCUGUGGAGGUGAUGGCUCUGAUGAGCCAGCAAGUGGACAGUCAAGCAACAGAGGAAAGGGAAGAGACGACGUCGGGAUUCACACAGACGCUGCUGGCGCUCGUCGACCGUCUUCGCAAUGGCGCAUAAUUAAUAGACCACGAGACAUGACAGUAGACAGGAUGAUACCCAUGGGAAUGUACUUUAUUUGUUAACUCAAAACGUUGAACAAGCACGUUGUGCAGCGAUCUAGGCCCGGAU